AGAGUCAUCGAGCAACAGAGAGAACUCCGUGUUUAAAGAAAGUGUUUUUCCCAACAUCCAGAGAUGAGCUCUCAGUUCAGGAGCUCCACAAGUCCACAUGGAGCCGUCCAGUCCCCAGUAACUCAGCUGCGGUUGGUGCUGCUGGGCAGAACAGGUUCUGGUAAAAGUGCCACAGGAAACACCAUCUUGGGUAAAAAUUGUUUUUUAUCUAAACUGAGCAUGGACUCAGUAACAAAACAAUGCCAGAAGGAAAGUGGAGUUGUUCAGGGGCGGAGCUUAGCACUGAUUGACACUCCUGGCUGGUUCGACACCUCUCUCCAGCAAAAUGAGGUAACAGAUGAAGUGCUAAGAUGUCUGGUCAUGUCCUCACCUGGACCACAUGCAUUUCUGCUCAUCAUACCAAUCGCUCGCUUUACAGAGGAGCAGCAGCAGACUGUAGAGAUGAUUGAGGCUUUUUUUGAGGAGAACAUCAGUAACUACACGAUCAUCAUAUUUACUCGUGCAGACGAGCUGGAAGGACAGUCAAUUGAGCAGUUUAUAUCAGAGCAGGGACAGAGAAUCCAGGAUAUUAUUGCACAAUUUAGUGGACGUUUCCUGGCUUUUAACAACAAGAACCAAAAGAACCAGGACCAGGUGAAAGAGCUCCUGAAUAAGGUGGAUGGGUUGCUGGAACAGAACGAGUACCGUCACUUCACCAACCAGGAAACAGAGGUCAUGAAUAAAGCACUAGCAAUUUUGGAACAGAAAAAGAAAGAAAAACAACGUCAAUCUAUUGAGAAGGCCAAGCGGAAAGUAAGGCAGAGAGCAGCACAUCACAGAGCCGACAUUAAUAAAGCUCUGGUAAUAGAAAAGCAAGCGAUAGAAAGACGCAGGAAUCAGAUCCAGGGUAAAAUCCUUCAUUUAACAGCAGAAAUUAACAAAGUAAAUGAAAACCUGUAUAAAGGGCAAUGCAGGAUGCAAUUGCUGCAGAAAUCUCUACAAAAUGCAAAAAACUAUUUUAAAAAGUUAAAGAAAGAAAAGGAGUUAAGGAUAAAGAAAAGUAAAAAAAAGAUCAAAGAACUAGAAAAGUGGAUCAAAGAAGAAGAGCAAAGAAUUGAGCAGGAGGAGAGAAAACCUGGGUUUGCAUUGUCGUCUCCACCUGCAGCACCUAUAGGACUGGCAGCGGAGUUAGUCACACUGUUAGGACCAGAGUUUGCGUCCUCUGUCAUGGCAGCAGUAACAAAAGCAGCAGCUUUAGUAAUGGGUGCUGCAACAAAGGUGACUGGCCAUUGUUCCAAUCAGUAACACAAAAGUUUUUUAAUUCAUUUUUUCGUCUUCUACAGUGCCAUAAAAAGGAAUUUGUCCCCUUCCUCUUUUUUUUGUAUAUUUGUCCCACUUAAAUGAUUCAGGUCAUCAAAAAUAUAUAUAUAUUACACAAAAAUAACCAGUCUAAAUAUGAUGAUUGCAUUCAUUAAAGGAAAAAGCUGUCCAAACCUGCCUGACCCUAUCUGAAAAAGUAUUUGCCACUAAACCUAAUACAGUGGAACCUUGGAUUAUGAGCAUAUGUUCGAAUGUUCCCAUAAGAAAAAUUCGUUCCACAGCCCCAAAAAAUAAAUACAUAAAAAUAAUUAACACACAAUAUUAAUUUAAAAAUAAAACAAAUUAACCUGCAACUCUACCACAUGCAUUUUACCUUUGAGAAAAGUAAAAAUAAAUCCCGACAGAUAAGUGUUUCCGUUUGUUCGCGCAGGCGCUGUGUAUGUGUGUGUGUGAAACUAAAGUAAGCUCCCCUCUCCCCCUUCUCUUCUUUCACAGUUACCCUUCCUCCACUCUUUUUACACACACACGCGCACCCAACGGAAACACUGUUUUAGCCGCAAAAUAAACAAGAAAUCUCUCUAAUGACUCAGAUGAACGAGUCGCCUCGGAGAGUGAUUUUUUCUUUUUCUAUUGGGCGCGCAUGCACAAAGCAUCGCAAAACCCCCGCAUGUCAUAUACAGAAAACAGAAUUGAACGAUUCUCAGCAAUGAGUCUAAAGUCUCGAGUCGUUCGUUCCUUUGUCGUGUGACUUCCAUAGACGCUAUGCAGUGCAAUGGAUUCAAAAGAACGAACGACUCCGACUGCAAGAUAUGAUGGUGAGUUACUCAUUCUGUUUAUUAUAAUAUAUCCUUAGUUGCAUUGUAAUAUUUUCAUAACUGGAACUAUAGCCAAAAUUUGUGUAUAUAGACAUAUUGGUUUUUUUUUUUUUAUUGAAAAUGCAACAUUUUAUUUUAUUUCUGAUCAAAAGAACGAAAUGAACGAAAUGACUCAAAAAAAGAUUUGUUCAUUUUGAUGAACGAGAUUCAAAGAACCGAGUCACUAAAAUGAUUCAAACUUCCCAUCACUAGUGUCUGUGAAGGCGAAAGUAGGAGGGGUCUGUGUGUGUGUGUGUGUGUGUGUGUGUGUGAAAGAGCAGGCUAAGCCUUGAGCAGAGAGAGAAAAUGGAUUUUUAACCUCUCUAAUGAGACUUGCUUUUGCUUUACAAGCGCGCUGUACACACACGCAUAUGCACACACACACAAAAUAAAAUAUGUUUUACACACACAUGUGGUCACAGUGUUAUAGUAAACAGUACACGUGUGCACGGAUGUUGAUUAUACCAGUAAGAGAUGAGCACUUAGACCCAGAAGGGGAGACGAUUACCCACAAUUCCGCAGCACUAGAGAGAGAAAAACCAUUGGCUCAGUUGUGAUCACGUGACGCUCGGCAUCAAAACAAAAAGCACAUGUGUGAUACAUGAUACUUGGUACUCGUAAACCAAGACUUCUUCGUUUUCCAAAUUUCUUUAAAAUCUUUGGAUUGCAGCAUGAUGUGUUGCUUUUUAAAAUCUUACGUAAAACCAAACGUAUUCAACUGGUCAACAUUUUUCCCCAGCGCUGGCUGCAUAGGACUGUGAAUCCUUAGGACUGUGAGUCUCUUUGCAUAUCAAAAUUCAAUUACACACAAUUGGGACAGUAUCACAGGACAGCGUUUUUUCAUCCUCAUGCUCCUGGAUUGACUCAUAAAGCCUAUGAGGAUAGUGCAAUACUUCCGCACCACCACAAGCACACACAAGGCUGUUUACGUGACGUGGAACUAUACAUCCAUUUAUAUACACACCAAAAUAUUUUGUACAUGUGAUGGUUCACCACUAGAGGGCACUGUGUGCCCGAUAAGUUUGUUUAUUGUAGUUUUUUGUUUGUAGACUCAGUUUUCCAGAAGGCACCUCGGUCAGGUGAUGAGAGUGCUCACCUGAACCGAGGUAGCUCAUUAGAUCCUCUAUAAAUAGCUGUUAGUUCUUGGUAACUGGGUCGAGCAUUAAAUGUGUUUUUUUUGUUAUGUUGGCAGUUUGUUUAGUUUAGUUUGUAUUUGGUUUAAGUGUGAUAUGUCACCUCUGUUAAGUUAAGAAGGCUCUAGUUUUGUAAUGUUUGUUAGUUUUGCAUUUGAGUUGUGGAGCUGUUUUGUUUAGGUAUGUGUGGUGAGUUUGUCUCUUGUCACGUCUAAGUACUGUUCUGUGUAUCUCCAGUGUUCGUAUACCUCUUGUUUAGCUCCUUGCAUGUUUAGCUCUUUGCAUGUCUAGCCGUUAGCAGGAUUUGCCUGUUGUGUAUUCGUUCCCCAUGUAGGUUCAGUUACUAACCCGUAUAGAUACUAACUAAUUUACUAACUAACCCGAUUAGCUCAUCCAUUUCUACAAUAACCUGACUAGCUACUAAUCCCACUAACUACUAACCAGUUCAUACAUUAGUCUCUUGUUUUGUCCCUAGUCUUGUUUUGUCCCUAGUCUCGUCUUGUUUUUAGUUUGUCUAGUCUUUGUUUAGAUUCAGCUACAGGUUUAGUUUGUUAGUAUAGCUUUACAGCCUUUGUUUAGCUCUACAGCUUUUGUUACACUCUGUGUUUAUAGUUGGAGUUCUUUGUUUUAAUGUCUUUGUUUAUGUUCUUUAUUUGUUUUGUUUGUAAAUUAAAUGACUUAUGUUUUAAAAACCCUCUGCGCCUAUGCCUGCAUGCUCAGAGAGAACAUGCAGACUUCACACACAUAAAACCAAGAUGUGAAUGAAAUCUGUACCCUGGAGGUGCACAACAUGAAAGUCAAAACAUAUACAUUUCUUAUGUAAGUUUGAAAAAAUCUGCACUGUCGUCAUAGUUCAUAACAAGGCAGACACUACCUGAAUUGCUUACAAUCAUUACACUUACAAUCAUUACAGACCAGCUUCCUCUUCUCAGUGUUAAGAAAAUGGAUGAAAAUGGAAUUUGCCAGACAUUGCGAAGGUGAAGGAUAAUUUGAGGAUUCUCAUUGAAAGUGAUUUACAUAUUUGCUCUUGUUAAGAAAAAAAGGAAGUUUUUUCUUCACACUGACUCUCCGGUAUUUUCUUUUAUUUCAGCUUUUAGGGUGUUGCCUCCUGUCUCCAAAACAAAUAUAAUCUUCCUCUUUUUGUUGUUGAAAUGAGGACAUUUUGUUUUAAAGAUGGGGAAUAAUGUUAAAUGAGAUUUUUUUUUUCUUUUGAGUGGAGAUUUGUUUUAGUGUAUUUUUUUAAUUUGGUUUUGGAUAAUUUACUGUAAAUUAGUAAGUACUUGCAGUAAUUUUUUUUUUGCUAUCUUAAGUGUUUAUUAGCUUAUGUGUAUAGAUGAGGAACUGUAUCUUGGUAAGAAAAAAGGGGAAACACUAUGUUACAUUAUAUUGUUGUUGUUUGGUGUGUCAGAUGGGGGAGAAGAGCAAUAAAGAAGAGAAGUGUCUGACGGAGUUGUCUCUGAAUUUUUAUUUGUUGAACCCGGUCUCGAAGGAAUUAUAAGUGAUUAUUUUCUAAUGUUAUUUUUUAUUUUCUGAUGUUAUUGUACGUUGAUGAGGCAAGAAAUGAAUAAAAGCA